AUGCAUCUGCGGACAUCCUGCUGGAAUUUAAUUGAAGUGUCCGCAGAUGCAAUUUUAUUCAUGCUCGAUUGGCAUCCUCUCUCAUUUUUCAUAACGUCCGUUGCUGCCAAAAACUCGCAAGAAAAUGCGGGCCCUCAAUUGCCACCCGAAAAGCAAACGGCAAAAUCGCAAGAAGUCGCCGCGUUAAUCGACGAGUCGGUCGACGCGAUCAUUGGCAAGGCCUCGUUCUCGCCGCUCAAAACCGCCGAAUGGAAUAAGAAGCUGAUGGACACAAUCAUCGGCAGAUUGACCGAAAAAGGAGAAACUCGAAAGGUUAUAGUACACUCAUCUAUCGCUCCUGUCAGCGCUGAUGUCGGAUUAAAUGUCUCCUAUAUCGCAUACUGGAACAAUAAUAAAGAUCAAGUCUUCACCCAUCGUUGGGAAUCGUCUUCAAUCGUCGCAAUUGUUCAUGUGUUCAUAUUAGUGCACAAAUACUCAUAA